GCUCCGCCCCGGAGUGACGCUCCCCCGCUCAUGGGCCUGGCCGGAGGCAACCGGCGGGCUGCGCGGAGGAGGAGGAGGCGGCGGCGGCGGCAGGUGGCUCGCAGCGGGGCCGGAGGAGCCGGGCCGGGCCAUGGCCGCCUCGGAACGGCUCUACGAGUUGUGGCUGCUCUACUACGCGCAGAAGGACCUGGGCUACUUGCAGCAAUGGCUGAAGGCUUUUGUGAGCACCUUCGAGAAGAGCAUCUCAGUGACCUGCCUAGAGCCCCACAGGCCGGAGGAGAUGGGGACCGAGGUGCCACCACUGCCCUUGGACACGUUCCGGGUGCUGGCCGAGCAGCUGGCCACAGUGGAGCUGGGACAGGUGCUGCUGUUGCUGAAGCUAUUCAUCAUCCUCUGCAGGAACCCAGAGAAUAUAGAAGAAGUCUGGGGCCAGGUGCUGGUCCCCCGCGUGUUGGCACUGCUCACCCGUGUGGUGGCUGAGCUGAAGCAGCCCCUGGCACCACAGGAGCAAGAGGGUGUUGUGCCGUCUCUGGAGACUGUGGCCCUGCACGCUCUGCUCCUCUGUGAGGCUCUGUUUGACCCCUACCAGGCCUGGCGGUGCCAACAGAGCAGGAAAGUUAUCAGCUUCAAGGAGAAGAGCAAAUACAAGUGUCCUCCUGCAACUUUGCCUGGAGAAUUCAGCACUUUCUUCCAAGACAACCUGCAAGAUGCCGGGCAUUUGCCACCAGCACUGCUGCUGCAUCUCAUCCACCUGUUCAGUGCUGUCCUUGCGGCGGGGAAGGAGAAUGCUCAGGUGGCUGUAAGCGCUGGCUCUGUGCAAGGCCUGCUAGGCGUGGUGCAAAGCUGGGGCCAGCAGCCAGCCCAGGACCCCCGUCUCCUCCCACUGGCACUGAAGGCCCUGGUAGGUUCAGUCCAUGUGCUACAUGCCAGCCGGACACCCCCACGUGGCCCAGAGCUCCGUAGCCUGCUCGAGGGCUACUUCCGUGUCCUCAAUGCCAACUGGCCCACUGAGUCAAGCCCAGACCGUGAAAAGGCCCUCAUCACCCUCAGGGUCAGCAUGCUUGAUGCCAUCCCCAUGAUGCUGGCCUGCGAGGACCGGCCAGUUCUCCAGGCCACCUUCCUCAGCAACAAUUGCUUUGAACACCUCACUCGCCUUAUCCAGAACAGCAAGCUGUACUUGCAGGCCCGGGCGCCCCCUGAGGGGGACAGUGACCUGGCUACCCGGUUACUGACUGAGCCCGAUGUCCAGAAGGUCCUGGACCAGGAUGACGAUGCCAUUGCGGUGCAUGUCAUCCGGGUGCUGACCUGCGUCAUGAGCGGCUCCCCCUCAGCCAAGGAGGUAUUUAAGGAGCGCAUCGGCUACCCCCACCUGCACGAGGUCCUGCAGAGCCAUGGACCCCCGACCAACCGGCUGCUGCAAGAGCUGCUCAACAUGGCAGUGGAGGUCGACUACAGUGCCUUUCCGCCAGCGCCACCCCCAAUCCGCAACGAACAGCCGGUCCUGGUGCUGAUGCGGUGGCUGCCGGCCCUGCCCACAGCAGAAUUGCGGCUCUUCCUGGCACAGCGCCUCCGCUGGCUCUGUGAUAGCUGUCCAUCCAGCCGUUCCACCUGUGUGCAGGCAGGCCUGGUGGGCUGCCUGUUGGAGACACUGGACACAAGUACUGUCCUGGGCACCCGCUGCCAGGAGCAGUUGUUGGUGCUACUUGAGGCUCUGGGCCAAGUGUCACUCAAGCCCCUGGAGCUCCGUUGCCUACUACGUCCCCCGCCAGGGCUGGAGUCCGGGGAUGCCCGUCACGCUGGCAACAUCAUCCGUGCGCUGUUGGGCAUGGCCCGGCACCAGGGUCCUGCCCGCGCCCUGUGCUACUUUGACCUCACUCCCAGUAUGGCGGGCAUCAUGGUGCCCCCCGUGCAGCGGUGGCCAGGGCCUGGCUUUACCUUCCAUGCCUGGCUCUGUUUGUACCCCGAAGCUGCAGCAUCCGGCCUGGCCCCCAGCCGGCCGCUCCAGCGAAAGCAGCUGUACAGUUUCUUCACCAGCAACGGCUCAGGAUUUGAGGCCUUCUUCACGGCAACUGGGACAUUGGUGGUGGCCGUAUGCAACCGGAAGGAGUACUUGACCCUGAGCUUGCCCGAAGUGUCCUUUGCUGACUCAGCCUGGCACUGUGUUGCCAUAGUCCAUAUGGCUGGUCGCCGGCCCUUCAGCCAGAACUUGGUUUACGUCUACAAAGAUGGCCAGCUGGUCAAGAUGGAGAACUUCCGCUUCCCCUGCUUCAGUGAGCCUUUUUCCUCCUGCUGCAUUGGCUCCGCUGGGCACCGCACCACCACCACCACCACGGGGCUGCCUGCGCCACAGACGUUGGGUGCUUCGGCCCACUCGCACCCCUCCCUCACCCGCUCCCAGUCGGUCCCGGCCACCACAGGGCUGGCGGCCCCCCUGCAGAAGGGCAGCAUCAGCUCCACCCUCGCGGGCACGCAGGACACGCGGUGGGGCAGCCCCACGUCCCUGGAAGGCGAGCUGGGGGCCGUGGCCAUUUUCCAUGAAGCCCUGCCUGAAGCAUCCCUGCGUGCUCUGUGUGGUCUGGGGCCCAAUGAGACGGCCCCCUUCAAGCCCGAGGGUGAACUGCAUGAACUGGGCACCAAGCUGCUCCUCCACUACUCACCUCAGGCCUGUAAGAACAACAUCUGUCUGGACCUGUCCCCUGGCCAUGGGCUCGAUGGACGCCUGACAGGCCACAGGGUGGAGACAUGGGAUGUGAAGGAUGUGGUGAACUGUGUCGGGGGCAUGGGGGCCCUGAUGCCACUGCUCGAGCAAGUGGCCGCACAGCCCCUAGAGGCCGAGGCAGGUCCUGCUGAAACGCACGACCUAGUGGGGCCCGAACUGACUUCUGACCACAACACCCUGGGCCUGCUGCUCCCCCUGGGCAAGUCCUCAGAGGAGCGGAUGGAGAGGAAUGCGGUGGCUGCCUUCCUGCUGAUGCUGCGCAACUUUCUGCAGGGCCACACGGUCAACCAGGAGAGCCUGGUGCAGUGCCAGGGUCCAGCUGUCCUCGGGGCCCUCCUGCGCAAGGUUCCCGGCUGGGCCAUGGACAUGAAUGUGCUUAUGUCCGCCCAGCUGCUGAUGGAGCAGGUGGCCACGGAGGGCAGCGGGCCCCUCCUGAACCUGCUGUACCAAAAUUUGCUCUUCAACUUCCACCUCUGGACCCCCAGUGACUUUGCUGUGCGCCUGGGCCACAUCCAGUACAUGUCUAGCAUAGUCCGUGAGCACAGACAGAAGCUGAGGAAGAAGUUCGGGGUUCAGUUCAUCCUUGAUGCCCUGCGCAACCACUACAGCCCGUCGAAGGAGCGCCCCCUAGCGGCGGAUGACCUGCGCACCAUGCAGAUGUCGCUCUUGGCCCUGGCCCGGGAGUUCCUGGUGAGGAGCUCUUCCACCGAGGACAUGCAGGUCCUGCUCAACUUUCUGGCUGCUGUGAAUGAUAACAGCCAGGUGGUGGGCGUCCUGGACCUGGUCUUGGUGCUGCUGCAGGCCUCGCCCACACAGGAAUCUUUGUCUGUCUUCCUGCUGGAACCAGGGAACCUGGAGGUGCUGCUGGCCCUGCUGGUGCGGCCCAAGCCCCUUCCCCUGCUGCCUGAGCAAGUCUGCAAGAUCCUACGCAGACUGCAGCAGAAUGAGCGCAUACCUGAGCGGAGCCGCCAGCGGCUUCGGCUUCGAGACUGUGGGCUCCAGGGACUUGUUACCUGCCUGCCCGAGGGUUCCGUCUCCCCCCAGCUCUGCCAGGGCCUCUACAAAUUGUUCCUGGGGGCAGAUUGUCUGAACCUCUCAGACCUGUUGGCUGUGGUGCAGCUGUCCCUCCAGGCCGACCUCAGUGUCCGGUUGGACAUUUGUCGGCAGCUCUUCCACCUCAUCUACAGAAAGCCGGACAUCGUGCACCUCAUGGCACGCCAGGCAGGCUGGCAGGAUGUGCUGACCCGGCUGUAUGUCCUGGAGGCCGCCACAACUGCCAGUGUCCUGCCCUGUUCCCCUGAGCUGCCCACACCCCCAGAGUUGGCUACAGCCAAGCAACAUAGCUCAGGGUCCCCUGAGUCUUCAGAAGUCUUCCUGCCCUCAGAGGUCCCCGGGUCGGAGCCUGAAACCUUUUACCAGGCUCUCUCCCCCUUUUGCUUACCCUUUGACCUGAGCCUGGAGCGGGCCAGUGUGGGGUCCGGCAGCAUGACGGGCGGGAGCAGCGGGACGCUGACCCCGGCCAGCCAGCCUGGCACACCCUCCCCGCUGGACGGGCCCCGGCUCUUUCCCGUUGUUCCUGGCCGCCACAGCUCCAGUCUGUCCAACGUGCUCGAGGACAGUAACCUCCUGGAGCCCACAGUCAGUGGGGACAACUCCUCAAACACUAGCAACCCACAGCAAACCUCCGAAGAGGAGCUGUGCAACCUGCUCACCAACGUGCUGUUCUCGGUGACGUGGCGGGGCGUGGAGGGCAGCGAUGAGGCCGCCUGGCGGGAACGUGGCCAAGUCUUCUCGGUGCUUACCCAGCUGGGCGCCUCAGCCACCCUGGUGCGCCCGCCAGACUACAUCAAGCGCAGCCUCCUGGAGAUGAUGCUGGAGUCGUCCCUGAGUGACAUCAAAGAGGCAUCUGCUGGGGUCCUGGCUUGCCUCACCCAGCAGGCACUCUGGCUGCUUCGCCUGCUGCAGGACUUUCUGUGUGCCGAGGGCCAUGGGAACCAGGAGCUGUGGAGCGAGAAGCUCUUUGAAGGUGUGUGCAGCCUGCUGGAUCGCCUGGGAGCCUGGCCACACCUAGCCAAUGGCACGGCGGACCUCCGAGAGAUGGCUCAGAUAGGCCUGCGCCUGGUACUUGGCUACAUCCUGCUGGAAGACCCACAGCUGCACGCCCAGGCCUAUGUGAAGCUGCACUCUCUGCUGCAGACCGCCGUGCCCAUGCGCCGGGAGGAGGCCUGUUAUGUGCUCUCCAAGCUGGAGGCCGCGCUGGCACGGGCGCUGAGCACCCCGAACUCAGAGGAGGCCCCCAAUGACCAGCAACUCCCCAGUGCGGCCGCAGAACGCUGCUCGUGGCUGGUGCCGCUGGUGCGCACGUUGCUCGACCGCGCCUAUGGGCCUCUGGGGCUGCAAUGGGGGCUCCCCUCCUUGCCCCCCACCAACGGCAGCCCCACUUUCUUCGAGGACUUCCAGGCCUUUUGCGUCACCAAGGAAUGGCGCCACUUCAUCGAUAAACAGGUGCAGCCCACCAUGUCUCAAUUCGAAAUGGACACCUAUGCCAAGAGCCACGACCUCAUGUCCGGCUUCUGGAAUGCCUGUUACGACACGCUCAUGAGCAGCGGACAGAGGCGCCAACGGGAGCGGGCACGGAGCCGCCGGGCCUUCCAGGAACUGGUACUGGAACCUGCACAGCGGAGGGCCCGCCUGGAGGGGCUACGCUACACCGGGGUUCUGAAGCAGCAGGGCGCACAGCACACAACCGCUCUGCUGCACUGGGGUGCACUCUGGCGCCAGCUCUCCUGCCCCUGUGGGGCCUGGGCGCUGAGGGACCCACCUACUCCUCACUGGAAGCUGUCUAGCGUAGAGACCUAUUCCCGUAUGCGACUGAAACUGGUACCUAACUAUCACUUCAACCCUCACCUGGAAGCCAGUGCCCUUCGAGACAACCUGGGUGAGGCCCCCUUGACACCCACCAAGGAAGACUCGCUGCCUCUAUCAGUGAAUAAAGAGGCCAAAGUCAGCUCCUUUCCCGAGGAACUGCAGGAGGACCAAGUGGGCGAGGAGGAACUGGCUGCACUGGAGAUGGCGAUGGAGGCGGCGGAACUGGAUGAGCAGCAUGAGAAGCUGGUGCUGUCAGCCGAGUGCCAACUGGUCACGGUGGUGACCGUAGUCCCAGGGCUGCUGGAGGUCACCACGCAACACGUGUGUUUCUAUGACUGCAGCCCCGAGCGCAUGGAAACGGAGGAGGGCGUCGGUUAUGACUUCCGGCGGCCCCUGACCCAGCUGCGUGAGGUCCACCUGCGGCGAUACAACCUGCGGCGCUCUGCACUGGAGCUCUUCUUCAUUGAUCAAGCCAAUUACUUCCUCAACUUCCCCAGCAAACCGGCGGGCGCUGCGGCCUCCUCUCCUUGCCAGUCUCCCCGGCCCACACCUUGCCCCGUCCCGCCGCACACGCAGACGCGGAAUCAGGUGUAUUCGUGGCUCCUUCGCCUGCGGCCCCCGGCCCAGGGCUACCUGAGCUGCCGCUCUCCCCAGGAGAUGCUCCGCGCCUCAGGCCUCACCCAGAAAUGGGUGCAGCGGGAGAUCUCCAACUUUGAGUAUUUGAUGCAGCUCAAUACCAUCGCAGGGCGGACCUACAACGACUUAUCUCAGUACCCCGUGUUCCCCUGGGUCCUCCAGGAUUAUGUGUCCCCAACCCUGGACCUCAGCAACCCGGCUGUCUUCCGCGAUCUGUCCAAGCCCAUCGGUGUGGUGAACCCUAAGCAUGCUCAGCUCGUGCGGGAGAAAUACGAGAGCUUCGAGGACCCAGCUGGCACCAUUGAUAAGUUCCACUAUGGCACGCACUACUCAAAUGCUGCUGGCGUGAUGCACUACCUCAUCCGUGUGGAGCCCUUCACUUCCCUGCAUGUCCAGCUGCAGAGUGGCCGAUUUGACUGCUCUGACCGGCAGUUCCACUCCGUGGCGGCAGCCUGGCAGGCCCGCCUGGAGAGUCCUGCAGACGUGAAGGAGCUCAUUCCUGAAUUCUUCUACUUCCCCGACUUCCUGGAGAACCAGAACGGCUUUGACCUGGGCUGCCUUCAGCUGACCAAUGAGAAAGUGGGUGAUGUAGUGUUGCCCCCUUGGGCCAGUUCUCCUGAAGACUUUAUCCAACAGCACCGUCGGGCUCUGGAGUCCGAGUAUGUAUCUGCCCACCUGCACGAGUGGAUCGACCUCAUCUUCGGAUACAAGCAGCGUGGGCGGGCGGCGGAAGAGGCCCUCAACGUCUUCUACUACUGCACCUAUGAGGGAGCUGUGGACCUGGACCACGUGGCAGAUGAACAGGAAAGGAAGGCUCUGGAAGGCAUUAUCAGCAACUUUGGGCAGACUCCCUGCCAACUGCUAAAGGAACCACAUCCGGCUCGGCUCUCAGCUGAGGAAGUGGCCCAGCGCCUUGCACGACAGGACACAAACUCACCUAACAUCUUCCAGCAUCUGGACCAGCUCAAGGCCUUCUUUGCAGAGGUCAUCAGCGAUGGCGUACCUGUGGUGCUGGCCUUAGUGCCCCACCGACAGCCUCAUUCCUUCAUCACCCAGAGUUCCCCAGACCUGUUGGUGACCGUGAGUGCCAAUGGACUGCUGGGCACCCACAGCUGGCUGCCCUAUGACCGCAACAUAAUCAACUACUUCAGCUUCAGCAAAGACUCUCACAUGGGCAACCCCAAGAUGUUGCGGCUGCUGAGUGGCCCCUGGGCGUCUGGCAGUGGCGUGAAUGGGCAUGCCUUGGCAGUGGCUCCCGACGGGAAGCUGCUGUUCAGCGGUGGCCACUGGGACGGCAGCCUCCGAGUGACAGCACUGCCCCGGGGCAGGCUGGUGAGCCAACUCCGCCAUCACCUUGAUGUUGUAACCUGCCUUGCACUGGACACCUGUGGCAUCUACCUCAUCUCUGGCUCCAGGGACACCACGUGCAUGGUGUGGCAGCUACUGCAGCAGGGCGGUCUGUCUGUAGGGCUGGCACCAAAGCCUGUGCAGGUCCUGUAUGGACAUGAGGCUGCAGUGAGCUGCGUAGCCAUCAGCACUGAACUCGACAUGGCUGUAUCUGGAUCUGAGGUUGGCACUGUGCUUGUCCACACCAUACGCCGAGGCCAUUUUGUGGCAGCCCUCCAGCCUCCAGGGGCUUCGUUGCCUGGCCCUGUGUCCCACCUGGUGCUGGGAUCUGAGGGCCAGAUUGUGGUACAGAGCUCAGCCCGGGAGCGUCUGGGAGCUCAGGUCACCUAUUCCUUGCACCUGUACUCAGUGAAUGGGAGGUUGAGGGCAUCGCUGCCACUGGUGGAGCAACCGACAGCCCUGGCAGUGACGGAGGACUUUGUCCUGCUGGGCACAGCCCAGUGCAGUCUACACAUCCUCCACCUUAACAAAUUGCUCCCUGCCGCUCCUCCCCUGCCCAUGAAGGUGCCCAUCCGCAGCGUGGCGGUGACCAAGGAGCGCAGCCACGUGCUCGUUGGCCUGGAGGAUGGCAAGCUUAUCGUGGUGGGCGCUGGGCAGCCCUCGGAGGUUCGCAGCAGCCAGUUUGCAAGGAAGCUGUGGCGAUCGUCGUCGCGGCGUAUUUCCCAAGUGUCUUCUGGGGAGACAGAGUACAGACCCGGAGAAGGCCGCUGAG